UCAGUUUCGUUUUCUUGGUGGCUUUGGGCUCUUGUGCUACAGUCGCGGCCGUCGUUUCCGCGCGUCCCGUCCGGUCCUCCAAGGAGCGCUAUGGCGGAGCUGUCCCUGGCCGACGAGCUGACGUGCUCCAUCUGCUUGGAGCCCUUCAGGGAGCCGGUCACCACUCCUUGCGGCCACAACUUCUGCGGGUCGUGCCUGGACCAGACGUGGGCCGACCAUGGCGCGCCGUAUAGGUGUCCUCAGUGCCGUGCCGCGUACCAGGUGCGGCCGCAGCUCCGCAAGAACACUGUGCUGUGCACCGUGGUGGAUCAGUUCCUGCAGGCCGAACUGGCCCGCGAAGCGAUCGCCGACGGCUGGACGCCACCCGCUCGCGCCACCGCCCCCAGCCCCACCGACCAGGUGGCCUGUGACCACUGCCUGAAGGAGGCCGCGGUCAAGACAUGCCUUGUGUGCAUGGCCUCUUUCUGCCAGGAGCACCUGCGGCCACACCUCGACAGCCCGGCCUUCCGGGACCACCUGCUGCAGCCGCCGGUUCACGACCUGUUACACCGCAAGUGCCCUCAGCACAACCGGCUCCGGGAAUUCUUCUGCCCUGAGCACAGCGAGUGCAUUUGCCAUAUCUGCCUGGUGGAGCACAAGACCUGCUCGCCUGUACCCCUGAGUCAGGCCAGCGCUGACCUGGAGGCCAAGCUAAAGCAUAAACUGACCAUCAUGUACAGUCAGAUCAAUGGUGCAUCGAGAGCACUAGAGGAUGUGAGAGCCAGGCAGCAGGAUGUACGGGAGGCUGCACAAAGUAAGAUGGAGCAGCUCAGACAAGAAUACUUGGAAAUGAAGUCUCUCAUUGAAGCUUCUGAGGCCAGCUGCACACGAAAGAUAAAGGAAGAGGAGAAGAGGGUCAGCAGCAAGUUUGACAGCAUUUACCAGAUCCUCCUGAAGAAGAAGAGUGAGAUCCAGACGGUGAAGGAGGAUAUUGAACUUGCCCUGACUAAAGGGGAUGAGUUUGAGUUUCUGGAGAAAGCGGCAAAACUGCAAGGAAUCUCAACAAAGCCAGUCUAUGUCCCCAAGGUGGAGCUGAAUCAGGAGCUGAUAAAGAGUGUCUACCAGAGCACCACAGAUGUCAAAAAUGAGCUGAAGCGGUGCCUCAGGCAGCUCCAGGAUAAGAAGCUGGAAGAUUCCACUGUCUCAGGGGGCCCUACAGAGCAUGACACGGCACCCACAUACAAACCCCCACGCCCUGUGAAGAAGGUCACGAAAGAAGAAAAGAAACCCAAGAAAUCUCCCGCUGCUGCUGCCUCACCCAGCAAGACUCCCACCUUUGGAGCCCCGGAACAGAUGGCGGAUUUAAAACAACCUGGCUCGGAGACGUCAGCCAAAGCCACCACCUUGCAGCCGAACUCGGCGUCUCUCAAGGCCAAGGUGCUGGAGAUCUUCUUAGCCAAGUCCAGGCCCGAGCUCCUGGAUUAUGCCGUUAAAGUCAUCCUAGACUACAAUACUGCCCACAACAAGGUGGCGCUGUCGGAGAACUACACCGUAGCUUCUGUGGCUGAGACACACCAGAAUUACCGGCCACAUCCCCAGAGGUUCACAUACUGUUCUCAGGUGCUAGGCCUGCACUGCUACAAGAAAGGGAUCCACUACUGGGAGGUGGAGCUGCAGAAGAACAACUUCUGUGGGAUGGGCGUCUGCUAUGGCAGCAUGGAUCGCCAGGGUCCCGAGAGCCGGCUGGGCCGCAACAGCGCCUCCUGGUGUGUGGAAUGGUUCAACAACAAGAUCUCCGCCUGGCACAACAAUGUGGAGAAAACCCUGCCCUCCACCAAGGCCACGCGGGUUGGGGUGCUUCUCAAUUGCGACCACGGCUUUGUCAUCUUCUUAGCUGUCACCGGUGACAAGGUCCACCUGAUGUAUAAGUUCAAGGAGGACUUUACCGAAGCUCUGUACCCAGCCUUCUGGAUGUUCUCCGCAGGUGCCACGCUCUCUAUCUGCUCCUCCAAGUAGGCAGGCCCCAGGCUGGCUGCCUGUGGAGUGCCCAAGGCUGUAGUGAACAUGCUGCCGGGGGACCUCUCUCAGAGAACUUCCCUGAGAAUCCUCAGGGGUGACAGGAUGGGAGGAGAGUUGGCGGAAGGUGAGAGGGUAGGGAAAUGGGACAAGGGGGGGAUUUGCCCAGGGAAAGGGGUUAGGGGGUGGUUGCGUUGUGGACAAUGAAGUGUUUUUGCCUCCUGUUGCCCAUCAGGGCAGAAUAAUCCCCUCCCCGUGUUCUGGUAGAUUCCUAGGCAGCUGGGUGGCUGGACAGGGCUUUGGGAGUGAAGUCAUUAAUGCCCCUUUCCUCCUGGAGAAAAUCUCUAACCAAUGUAGGUUUUUUCUUAGGCCACUUGGUGUAUGCCCCCUUGCGCUCCGGAAUAAUCUUCAGAUGUUGGUGUUUUGAUUACUCUCUAUAGAGUUAGUCAACUCUACAAAUUAAAAAAAAAGUCUAAGUUGUCGAAUUACUCUCCCUCCCCCACAGUCCCCACAUGUGGGGGUUGGGGUGAGUGCUCAGUUCCUGGUUAUUUUCUGUGCUUGAGGGAAACCCCCCACAGCGGGUCGCCACCAAGACCAAAAUUUCCCGAAGUAGUGUGUCCUCUUCCCCCACUGGAAACUAGCCCUGCCUCCCUUCCUGUCCUACACACCUCAUUACCCAAUCGAGAAUUUUAAAAUGUUUAAUCCAACAGGAACAUUUUCCGUCUAAGGUGUCAAACCAUAAUACGCAUCAGCGUAUGGUAAGUUUGUAAUUCAAGGUCAAGGUGCCCCAGGUGCCAUGUGGAUGGAAACCUCUCUGACUCCCAUUAUGAAAGGCACGUCAGCAGAGAUGCUUUGGCUGUAGUCAUGGCGCCUUGCUGGAGGCCUUCUUUCCAUAUCCUAGGCUUUGGGGCAAGGAACUCCACUGGGCAAGAGGGACCCUGACCUGAACUGACAGAGGUGUGGUGGGUUUGCUCUUGUCAGAGUGUCUUGCCUUCUUGGUAACUCUCCUCAGUGAUAGCUGCCCCUCCCCAGGAUUGUGGGAUAGCGGCCUGGCUGGUGUAGAUACCAUUGUGGCCAGCACAGUCUAGCAGAUAGCUAAGCUCCAAAGCCUGCUACGGUAUCAUGGGACAGGCCAUGUAUGGCUGCCUUAGGGCCCAUACUAGGUCACCCUCUGGGGUGACUACGUACUGCCAAAGGGGACCUUCGCAGAUCCCAUGGGAAACAGCAGCCUUCCUGUUCAUCCCAGCCAUAGGCUGCAGACUCAGUGCUGGCCCUCCACUGCGUCAGAGGCCUGUCACUGGCUCUGGCCUCUUCUGCUAUCUUCCUUGUUUGAGCCAAUUCCAGAUGAGGGAAUUGACCAGGCUAGGGGUCAGGCAGACUUUCAGGACCAGCGAGGGAACAAGCUACAGGGUUCUGGCACAAGGGGCUAUUUUUACUGCAGUGUUGCUGUGCAGUGAAAAUAACCUCAGCCCACUCGGGCAGGAGUGAGUGGACUGUUAGAAUUUCCUGAGCUCCUUAUAUCCUGAUGUUGUCAGGACGUAAGUGGAAGAGUAGAAGAAAUUUCUAAAAGGGGAAGAAAUUUCACCUCUUAUGGUAAAAUGAGUCCUGCUCUGGGAUUGCUCAGCACAGAAACUCAGGCCAGGCUCCUUGUGGUAUGGAAAAGGUCACCAUUGGGGAAGUGAGGACCCCAGACCUGUUCAUAUGGGUAUUUGAGAAUUUAACGCAGCUCUGGCCUUGUGCUAAAAUUCCAGGACACUCUUAGUCAGGCCCACAGCACUCGGUACUCCUGGCAGAAGUGUUGAUCUGUGUCAUCUCCCGACAGGGACUUUCACUUCCUUGGAAGAGAGAUCAUCUUUAAAGGGAAGCCGUCCCUGCAAGAGUUGAAAUGUGGUUUUUAAAUGUUUUCUUCCUUUGCUACGGGGAAGAAUAGUUCUUUGGUGAUUCUUCUCUGCCUUUGGAGAUGUCCAAAAGCAUCAAUGCCAAAAGCAUUGACCUUCUGAAACAAGCCUCGUCUGAAGCCCAGUCAUACUUGGGAAACAGCUGGGCUUAGAGGAGAAUGCCAAAGAUGAACCCAGGGGUCCUACGGGGGCUCUCUUCUGCAGAAAUGAGGGCAACAGAGAGGGCUCUUCCCUGGCGAUCCAACAGCUCAGCAUAGGGAAGCCUGAGUCCCUCUGUUUUAUAAGAGAGGCAAGUAGGUAACCCAAGCUCUGUGCAAGGUGUUUUGGAGAUGUAAAUCGAGGAGCAUGCCCUUGCUCUCUCCAGCCUUACAUUCUCUCACCUUGUAGGGCCGCUCCCUAGCCCUAGAGUACUAGAGUUGGAGGAACCUUUGCAUUCAUCUGACUUCUCAAUUUGCCGAGUAAGUCAAAUGGGGAGGUACGGAUGACUCUGCUCACCGCUCUUGGCAACCGAUCGUGGAGGAGAUGUCUCUGGGAUUCCUCCUACAUGCCCCCUGGUGCCUUGGGCAAGUGUCAGACAUUCCCAGCAACACAAACAAAAAUACUGUCUCAGACCCAGGGAUCAGGGACUGUCUUAGUCACUCUGGCAUGAGAAGCCAAAGGUCAGGGUCAAGUUUUUGUAUUCAAGCCUGGUUGGCUGGUUUCCCCUGUGUUAAUAACUCAGAGUGGAUUUGCGAUUUAUAACUAGUACUGGUAUGUUAUCUCGUAUCCUGCCCCCGCCCACUGAUUUUUAAUUACUUAGGAGUAUUUGAGCUGUUAUUUCUUAGCUGCUUCUUUAGAGUUGAUUCUUCAGGAGAUAAUCAGCUGUAGACAUGGAUCUUUUGAAACCUAGGAGAAAUACAAGGACCAGAGUUGGCCAACAUGCCUUAGAAGCUUAGAAUGUAGUAAAGCAGUUUUUGGUAUUCUUUCUUGCAUCACAGGGUGUGUAGACAAUGUUACCUGUCAUGCUGGGGUCAUCAAAUGAACUGCCCACGCGCCUCUGGUUACCCAGGCCCCACCCAGCUGCCCCCAGGGCUUGAGAUUUCAGCAGGCCUAUAGCAUAUUGGAGGCUGGCCGAGGGUAAGAAUUCUUUAUCAAGAAUUCUCAAGCUGAUAGGGUGUUCUUCUGGGCUUUGCUUCAGGAUAAUCCGAGGAUGGAUAUAGGAAGAAGCGGUGGGGGUAUAAGUGAAAGGAUGAGCCACAAGCAGAAAAUGAGCGAAACAGUAAUGCAAUAUGAGGGUUCAUUGUAAUAUUCUUUAAUACUGUUGUAUAUUUUGAAAUUUUCCAUAAUAAAAGUUUAAAAAAAUAAAACAAUACACAGCCCAGGCCAGUGAUGGGUUCUGUUCGGCGGAUUUUAUCUUUGUUUGCAGAGGGGCAGGAGUUGCUGGAGGUGUGGGUUUGAGGUCGUUGUAUAAGGUUGUCCCCCCUUAUCUGUGGGGGGAUAUGUUCCAAGACCCCUAGAGGAUGCCUGAAACCAAGGAUAGUACCAAACCCUAUAGGUACUAUGUGUUUUCCUAUACAUGCAUACUAAUGAUAAAGUUUAAUUUAUAAAAUUAGGCACAGUAAGAGGUUAACAAUAACUAGUAAUAAAAUAGAAGCUAUACAAUUUACUACAGUAAGAGUUACGUGCAUGUGGUUUCUCUCAAAAUGUCUAAUAACUGGUCUGAUGACUGAGAGGGCUACUAAGUGACUAACAGGUGGGUAGCAUGUGCUCGUACAGCAUGGAUACGCUGGACAAAGGGCUGAUUCACCUUCCCAGGUGGGAUCGAGGGGGACAAUGCGAGAUUUCCUCAUUAUUGCGAACCACGUGCAAUUUAAAACUUACGACUUGUUUAUUUCUGGAAUUUUUCACAAUAUUUUCGGACCAUGGUUGACCAGGGGUAACUGAAACUGCAGAAAGUGAAACCAUGGAUAAGGGGAGACUACUGUCAUAAGGAAUUUGGCCCUUGUCCCUGGUCCCUGGUGGGGAGAUUCUAAAUCCUUGGAAUUUCCCCUCAAGAGGAGUGUCUUUGUUAUUCCUGAGCCCUUUGGAUCACACCUGAGUUUAUGCUAGAAGUUGAGAUGACCCAGGAUGGGGGCUGGUCGCCAGCAAGACCAACCAUAAGAUUAGAGGGUUGGGACUUGGAGCCAGCCUGACCCCCACGGGGAGAGGGGCUGCAGAUGGAGUUGAAAACAGGUGGCCAAUGAUUCAGUCAGUUAUGCCUUUGUAAUGAAAUCCCACUAAAAACUCUGGACACUGAAGCUCUGCUGAACGCAGUAAUGUGCCGGAGCGGGAUGCACCCUGAUUCCACAGGGAGGGGGUACAGAAGCUCUGCACUUGGGUCCUUCAUAGACUUCACUCUAUGCGUCUCUUCAUUUGGCUGGUCUUGAUUUGUAUCCUUUACAAGAAAACUGUAUUCAAAGUAUAGUGCUUUUCUGAGCUCUGAGUUCUAGUGAAUUAUUGACCUUGAAGAAGGUCAUGUGCUAUAGACUGGAUGUGUGUGUAGCCCCAAAAUUCAUAUGUUGAAACCUAACCCUCAAUGUGGUGGUAUUGGAGGUGAUUAGAUCAUGAGGAUGGAGCCUCAUGAGUGAGGUUAGUGUUCUCAUGAAAGACCCCACAGAAUUCUCUCACCCUUUCUGCCAUGACAGCAGGAAGACAGCUGUCUGUGAACCAGCAAGCAGUUCUUACCAGACACUGAAUCUCUCAGCACCUGGAUCUUGGACUUCCAGCCUCCCAAAUUGUGAAAAAAUAAAUGUUUGUUGUUUAAGCUACCCAGUUUAUGGUGUGUUUGUUAUAGCAGCCCAGACUAAGACAUCAUGGGAAACUUCUGGAUUUGUAGCCAUUCAGUCAGAAGUGUGGGUGGCCUGGGGACCGCUGAAGUGUGGCUGGUGUCUGGUGAGGGCAGUCUUGGGAUUGUGCCCUUCAGUCUGUGGAGCCUGACUGACUCCAGGUGGUUAGCUCCAGAAUUGCAUCCCAGUAUAUGUAGGGAAGAUGCUGGGGAAAAUUUGCCUUUAUUGGCUGAUACUAACUUUUGUCUGUUGGCUUUUAUCUGUUACUGCAUGUGAGGUGGUGGUUAGCUUAGGGUUAAAAGAAUUCUUUUUCCC